AUGUCAAACCCAGCCGAGAGCACCGAUACUAACAAUGCCACCGAACCUCGCCCAAAUCUGAUAAUCUUCAUGCCAGACCAGCUACGAUACGACUCACUAGGUUGUUUUGGAAACCCUCAUGUUCAAACCCCCAACAUCGACGCCUUCGCCACCCAGGGCACCAAAUUCACCAAUUGCUACCUCCAAGCCACAACCUGCUCGCAAAGCCGCUGCUCGUUAUAUACCGGGCAGUACCCACAUGUCUCCGGCCAUCGCAGCUUAACCAACCUGAUCAAACCCUGGGAGCCAAACAUGUUCCGCGCCCUCAAGGAAAGCGGCUACCACGUCGCAUGUCUAGCCCCCCGAGGCGACACAUUCGCACCGACAGUCACCGAGUUGAGCGUGACCGAGUACGGCUUCUUAGUCCCGCCCGAGACCAUGCCGCAAUUUGCAGGAGGGAAUGAACCGACAAGAUCCGAGGAUCUACUGGACCGACUAUUCUACAAAGGACUGCGAGACCAGGAAAAGGCAGUUGAUUAUGAUGAGGCAGCCGUACAAUCAGCCAUCAAAUGGCUCGAACAUCCCCCGCAAGGCCCCUGGGUCCUCUAUCUACCAUUAAUAUUCCCGCAUUGUCCAUUCCAAGUCGAAGAACCAUUUUUCUCGAUGUACGAUCGGGCCAUGAUGCCCAUUCCCUCCAAGCCCGAGAACAAGACGGGGUAUGAGCCGCGAUAUUUUGAGGAGAACCGGAAGCGAUAUGGGACGGAGCGGGCCACGGAUGGCAUUUGGGCUGAGAUUAUUGCUACGUACUACGGCAUGAUAUCGCGUCUUGAUGGGCAAUUUGGUCGGGUUAUGGAUGCCGUAACGGGGACGGGGUUGUCAGCGAACACUGUUACUGUCUUCUACACGGACCACGGCGAGUAUCUGGGUGACCAUGGCAUGAUUGAGAAAUGGCCCAGUGGGGUGUCGGAAGUCCUUGCUCGAGAACCGCUCAUUAUUGGAGGUGCUGGGCUGCCAGUUGGGGAAACGAAUGAUGAGAUUUGUGAGAUGGUGGAUCUUCUUCCAACUAUUCUGGAACUGUGCAGUGUUCAAGAAUCGUUUCCUCACAAUGGUGUGUCUUUGCUCCCGACGCUUCUUCGCAAAUCGAAGCAUCCGAAGCAGUAUGCAUAUACCGAAGGGGGAUUCCUUGUCUCGGAGGAGCCGUUACUUGAACAAGCGCCCUAUCCGUACGAUAUUAAAUCAACGCUUCAACAUGAAGAUACAGAGAUUGUUGGCAAGGCAGUUGCUAUGAGAAGCGCCGAUUGGACGUAUGUCUAUCGAUUGUAUGAGCCGGCUGAGCUGUACAAUAGAAAGACUGAUAUUGCGGAGCUUCAUAAUCUCGCCGCCGAUCCGUCGUAUCGUCAUAUUGUUCAAGAAAUGCAAGGGGAAAUGUUCCGGUGGAUGGUUGAGACGGCUGACUUCCUUCCUUUGAAAAAGGAUGCUCGAUUUCCGCCUGUGGAGCUUGAAAGUCCAGAGAAGCAGUAUGAAAAGAGAAUUCAGACUCUGUGA